UUAUGUCUUGAAGACUUCUUUAAUUGGAAUAAAGGGUAAUCAAUGAGAAGAGAAAUUGUGUCGAAUAUUUAUAGUGUGACGAUGCGACGUUCAGUCCCCCCGAACCGAAUGUGUACUAUACCGCGUGUCUAUCAUCCUGGUACCUUGUAUUUUAUACGUCCUUGGUUAUUUCGUUAACCCGCGCGCUUGAACAAAAAACGAGAAUCGAGAUUCAUUGCUAUCAUACAGUGAGAAAUGAAGAGUUCAUCAAAUAUUAUUGCUGGACCACAUUUUGAUCCGAAGUUGACGGAUUUGACGUUUGGACAUUAUAUUUACAAUCAAGUACUGAAACAUGGAUCACAAACAGCUUUGAUAAACGUAGACACUGGAGAAGAAUUAAAAUACUCAAAAAUAGCCCAUGAUUGUCGUAAAUUAGCAGUUUACUUGAAAAAGUUAGGCCUCACAGUAAAUGAUCGAAUUGGUAUUUGCAGUGAAAAUAAUUUACAUUAUGGCACAGCAGUACUUUCAAGUCUUCUUCUUGGAGUUACAAUAUGCCCUGUAAACCCUUUAUAUACUGUAGGAGAAAAUCUCCACAUUUUAUCUAUUUCAAAGCCAAAAUACAUUUUUGUAUCAGCAUUAGUUGCUCCCAAAUUUUUGAAAUUUGUCAAUGAAUUGUCAUGGGGACCGAAAUUGAUUUUGCUUAAUAAGAGUGCAUCGCAGUUAGCAAUUCCUAAUAUUUAUGAUAUCAUAAAUAACGUUUCAGAUAUUGAGUCCCAAAAUAUACAAUUUCCCAAAGUAGAUUUAGAAGAUCAUGUAGCUGCUAUUUUUUGCUCGAGUGGCACUACAGGAAUGCCGAAAGGUGUCAUGCUGACUGAUAAAAAUCUUUUACUUUUCGUCAAAAGAUCAGCUAACUUUUUUGAUUCUAUAAAAUUCCCAAAUGAAACCUUAACAAUCACAGCGUUAAUGCCAUUUUUUCAUGGUUAUGGUUUUGCUAUUUUAUGUUUUGCGACUCUUCAACUAGGCGUCAGAACGGUUAUCUUCAGUCGAUUUGAGGAAAAGAAUUUUUUCUCAGCGAUCGAGAAAUAUAAGAUUAAUAUCUUGACAUUGGUACCUUCAUUAAUAGUAGUCUUAAUCAGAAGUCCGAUCUUCGAUCAAUAUGAUCUAUCCAGCGUUAGAAAAAUAUUAACUGGAGGAGCAAAACUGUCAUUGGAAACAGAAAAAUCUGCUAUGAAAAGAUUCAAUCUUGACCACAUUCAAUGUGCUUAUGGAUCAACAGAGACUACAAUAGUUAUAACUUAUAAUCAUCCAGAAUCACACAGAUUGGGAAGUGUUGGAAAAUUAGAACCCGGUACUUUUGCUAAGGUGAUUCCAAUUGGCGAUUCAAAUUGUAAGGAUGCUUUGGGACCGAAUUGCGAAGGGGAGCUAUGCUUCAAGGGUUCUAUUAUUAUGAAGGGGUACUUUGGCGACCCAGAUUCUACAAAAAAUGCCAUAGAUGACGAUGGUUGGUAUCAUUCUGGAGACGUGGGCUAUUAUGAUGAAGACGGUUUUUUAUAUAUUGUUGAUAGAAUUAAAGAGCUUAUUAAGUACAAAGGUUACCAAGUAGCACCAGUUGAAUUGGAAGCUAUUUUGUUGACACAUCCGUUAAUAAAAGAUGCAGCAGUUGUUGGAUUACCAGAUGAAGAUGCAGGCGAAUUGCCAUUCGCUUUUGUGGUAAAAGAGCCUGCUUCAAAUUUGACGGCAGAAGAAGUCGUUAAUUACGUAAAUGCUAAAGUGUCACCUCAAAAGCGAAUUAGAGGAGGAGUCAAGUUUAUAAAUGAAAUUCCUAAGAAUUCAACUGGUAAAGUUUUGCGCAGAGAACUUCGAAAUACACUAAAGUCUAAUUUGUAAUAAAAAAUUGGUAAAAAAUA